AUGUGGAAGGAUGCCGACGGGAACAUCGUAGCGAAGAAACCCGCGCUGGAGAACGCGAACGUGAAUGCUUCCGCAUCGCAGCCUCUUUCUGCGCCACGGUCGUCGACGUCGUCGUCGAGCGAGGACCCCCUUCAGUCAUUGUCGGACUUUGCCGCCUUCCAUCAUCACAACGAAGGCGCGCCUAUAUCGCCACCUAUUUCGCAUAACGCUUCGCUUGGGCACUCGACGCUUGAUGAUCACGACUCGGGCAUAGCGAGCGGAUACCCUCCUACGCUAGAUGCAAACGCGCUGUCGACAUCAGAUUCCUUCUCGCCAUCCGCCAUCGACCAACAGUUCUGGUCGUCGAAUCUACCACAGCCACAGCCUGAGCCUGAACCGUUCGCAACCACGACGACUUUCGACGAUGCCCCCUUUGACGACAUCUUCAACCCGGAUACGGCUAGCUCAUUCAAUAAUCCUUUUACCACGAUGAACAACUACAAUUGGUUGUUCGACUUGGAUCUCACGCGAUCGAGUCAGAUGCAGUCGGUGAUGAGCGAUCCCUUUUCGUCCUUUCAGUUCAAUGGCAGUACUGUGAGCCAGCCCAGUCAUGCUUUUGAGCUUCAGCUGGAUCAUAUGGCCGUCGAUAAGUCGCUAUCGACGGCGGGCCAGUAUGGAUCGCUGCACUCGCAGAAGACGGAUUCGCCGCAGCAGAGCUCGCCGCCUGGUCAGAUGAUAUCGCCGCCUCUUACAGAUGAAGAGGGACUGACUGGGCGGAGGCCAUCGGCGUCCCAGGGGCAGCUCGAACAUCGAAGUAUCGACGGUGGGCCGAGCAUGCCUCCCAGAGUGCAGACCAACGGUCCAGCCCCACCGGAUAUCGAGCGUCCAAUGUCAAUGCUUCAACCGUCGCGAUGCCUACCGAUCAUUGACGAGCUUGCGCGUCAGCAGAUACUAGACCUCAUAGACAUCACGCAGCCCGUCGCACCGGACGGAAGUGUGGUCAUGCGGGAUCAUCCUCUGCUCUCGCUAUCGUGCUUGCAGACAUACUGCGACCUCUUCUUCACCCGCUUCAACACCGCAUAUCCGCUGAUCCACAUGUCUACUUUCGAGCCAUCCCACGUCGACACCUUGCUCCUGAUAUCUGUGCUCCUCCUCGGCGCUACAUACGGGGAAAAAGAUGCGCAUCAACUCGCUGUGUGCAUACACGACGUGCUGCGCCCGCAGAUCUUCGCAAACGCAGGCUUCUCCGCCAAACCAGAUCUCUGGGUCUUGCAGACCAUCCUGCUUGUCGAGUGCUUCGGCAAGAGCAGGGCGGGCCAGAAGCAGCACGAUAUGUCGCAUCUGUUCCACGGGCUGCUCAUCAACCUCAUCCGCAGAAGCGACUGCCAAACUAUCCGACCGCCAACGCUGGAGGAAGCGACGGACGAUCUGGAAGAUGACUGGCGGACUUGGGUCGACGCUGAGCAGAAGAAGAGACUCGCCUUCCUCUGCUUUAUGUGGGACACCCAACACGCCGUGCUCUUCUGCCAAUCCCUCUGCAUGUCCGCCUUCGAACUGCGCUCGAACCUGCCCUGCGACCAAGCGCUGUGGGAAGCAGACUCGGCCGAGAGCUGGCACCAGCUCCGCCAAAAGCAGACUUCUUCGACAACGCCGCUCUUCCUAUCCUGCUUGAAGAUAUACCUCAAUCCCGGCGCCGGUGCAUCUGUUCCUAAGAGUCUCAAUGCGCUCUCCCGCGCUCUCCUGCUUCACGGCCUCAUGUCCAUAGCCUGGGACAUGCAGCGCCGCGACCAAACCUCGCUCGGCGUCCUCGACACCAACCCCCUGACCAACUGGCGCACCCGCCUCGCCCGCUCCUACACUGCCUGGUACACCGACUUCACCGCCUUCAGCGCCGCCUACCUCGCUUCCCUCGCUUCCUCCUCCUCUUCUCCCACAGCAACGCACCCUGAGCUCGCCGCCGAAUUCCACGCCUUUCGCACCGCAACUCUCGCCCUGCACCACGCCGCCCACAUCCUACUCUCCACGCCCUUCCUAGAUCUGCAGAUCUACGCCGGCGCGCGGCACAUCCUGGGCCGCCCCGUCGCGCGGGCUGACUACGCGCGCAGCCAGAAGGUGGUCAGGAGGUGGGUUGCGGAGAAUGGGCAAGAGGCGGGGCGGGCGGUGUGGCAUGCUGCUGCGCUGGUGGAGCACGGCGUUGGGAUGCUGGAUGGCGAAUCUGGAGCUUGCGAGUUCGGUAGCAGUGGGGGAGGAGGAUGCCGCCUGUGGCAUCUGCCCUGGGCUGUGUAUCUGGGCACGCUGGUUGUGUGGGGGGUGUGGUAUGCGCGGCCUGUUCCCAUUUCCCCCUCAUCCGCAUCCUCAUCCUCCACCUCCUCCUCGCACUACGCCAACCAGGACGAGGAGGAUGAAAUCAUCUGGGACCCCCAGUCCGAAAUGAAGUCCCUACUCGCCACCAUAUCAAGAAGCGACCCAGAGCGCUUGUUAGAGGCGGGCGUUAUCGCAGGCGGCGUAUGGAAGCGCGGAACAAACGGACUAGCAGCCGUAGUAAGCAAGUGUCUGAGUAAAGUGCGGUGGGCGGUGGUGCACGAUGGGAUGAUGGUGCUGAGGGGGCUGGUGUGUUGGCGGCUGGUUGGGGGUGGUGGGGGGAUGGCGUGA